UAUCAAUUUUAUCGCUAUUACGACAUUUAUCACUUUUGAUUUGGAAUUAAGUAUAAGUCGAAUGACAUUACAUUUUGAGAUUAGGACUCAGUAACAUGGUGUCGUUCUGCAUCCUCGGCAAUUAUUUGUCGAUAACUCUAGUCAUUAGUUUAAAUGCAAUUCUAAUUGCAAGUGUACAGCCUGAAUUGAAAUUAAUUAAUGUGAUAUUUAGACAUGGCGAUCGAACACCUGAUAAUAAUGGAUAUGAAUUGUUUCCGACUGAUCCAUAUCUGAAUUAUUCAUUUUUCCCGACAGGUCUUGGCCAAUUGACUAAUAAUGGCAAAAAACGUGAAUAUGAAUUGGGACAAGCUUUGCGCAGUAGAUAUGAAGACUUCCUCGGCAAUCUAUAUCUGCCAAAGCUCGUCGUGGGUCACAGUUCCGAUUAUGAUCGAACAAAAAUGUCUCUGCAACUCGUUCUUGCUGCUUUAUUUCCGCCUACGGAUCGUCGACAACAAUGGAACGCUGAUUUAAAUUGGCAACCAAUUCCGGUGACAUAUGUAUCACGUAUCGACGACAAUUUUUACUUGAGUGAUGAAUGUCCAAAAUUUCUUGAUGAGUACGGUCGUAUAUUGAAUUUGCCCGAAAUAAAAAAAGAGAUGUCCCGAUUUAAAAACAUAAUGAGCAAGUUGACGGAAUUAACGGGUAAGAAAAUCGAGAAACCUUUGGACUUAUACUAUUUGUAUCAUACUUUCGUAGCAGAAUCGUCCAUGAAUCUAACUCUUCCCGAAUGGGCAUACGAUUACUUUCCUGAUGGUCCACUGUUCGAUACAAUUGUACUCUCAUAUAAUAUUGCCAGUUAUACUUCUUUAAUAAGAAAGCUCUACGCUGGUCCGAUGAUUCGCGCAAUAUUCAACAAUAUGAUAACUGAAAAAAAUCCAAUCCCAUCGAAUACAAAACUUUAUUUGUAUAGCGGUCACGAAUCUAACAUUGCGGCGAUGUUACAUGCAUUUAAAUUGUAUAAACCUCAUGUACCUGAAUACUCUAGUGCGGUUAUUUUAGAAUUAUUGGAGCAAAACAAGCAGUAUUACGUAAAAUUUCUAUAUUAUCGAGGCAUUCCGCCGAUCUUUGACGAACUUCAGAUCCCAGGUUGUGAAAUGCUCUGUCCUUUCGACAAGUUCUCGUAUCUAAUUCAGGAUUUGAUUCCAUCUGAUGAAGAUAUGAUUUGCGACAAGAGGCAGACUCCGGAUUACGCUAACACGAAAUAUCCUAUCACGCUUGAAAGCAAAAUAUAUAAUUUAAUAAAGAAACAUUAAUUUAAUAAAAAAAAAAAACGAAAUAUAUAUAUACAAAUAUCCUAGCAUUAAUAAAGAAGUUUAUAGCAACACUA